AGGGGAGCUGCUCUACCUCUGGGGCUACAGCAGUGCAGUGAGCUUUAGUGGAUCAAUACUUUAGUCUUGUCAUGCUAAUUGCUCAUUGGUUGACAUUCAUGAUCCUUCCUUGCUCCCUCCCUAUGUAAACUCUUUACAGCUGGAACAGCGAGAUGCAAAAAUCCUGAACCUUCAAAGCCAGCUCCUGCAGAAGAGAGAGGGCCUGGCAGCUGAGCUGGAUGCUUCAGGAGCAGAGGAUCUAUCAACGGCAGACCAAGCCUAGGGAGACGCGGGCAGACCUGGAACGAAACCCAGCCAGCUCCAGCCGCUCCGACAGUAUUUGGUGGCCAGAGAGUCGGCAGCAGGAAGCAUGAGGCAGGAAAUUACCCAAUCCUUGAGGUCUGGCUCCAUGAAGAUUCCCCAUAGCCACCAAGCCCUCUGCGUAGAGUCAACAAUGACCACCAGCAGUCUGUCCUAAUUCCAUGCUACCAUUCCCUCUCUGCUCAACUUCCCAGCAAGUUUCCUGUGGCAGCACAGCAUUAGAACAGAGUUACUAGCUAAGUGUGAUGUCUGAGUGCAAAGCGAAAGAGUCUAAGAAUCAAAGUUUCCACUUCUCUGAGGCUCAUCGUUCCAGCUGCAGCUUCCCACUAAGGAUACCUUUGAGAUAUGCCAGUGAAUGUACCUGUAACCAGAACAGGUCUGGUUUAAAAUAUGGGCUCAUAAAAGACAGCAAGUGACUCCAGAGAAGCUUCUGUUUAUAACAUAAUUGCUGUCACCAAGGGAAGGCCUGCCGGAAGGAUAAAAGGAGCAGAACUUUUGAAUACAAGAAAGCAGUUCCCUGGGCAGAUGUGGCAGAAUUGGAUAUGCCAGUAGAAGAGAAGAGGCAUGAGGAAGUGAAGGUCUCAAAAGAGAUGCAGAGAUAGUACCACAGAAGACACAGAAUAAGCGUUUGAGAAGAGAGAAGACAUUCAAGUCCUAGACCCAGAGAUCAGAAUCCACAGAUCAGGUUUAUAACAAAGCUCAGAAAAUGCUAAAGCUUAAAGGAGAAUUGAGAGGUGCCAAGGAAAUGAAAGAUGAGGCUGGGGAGAGAGACAGAGAAGUGAGCAGCCUGAACAACAAGCUCUUGAGCCUGCAAGUUGACAUCAAAAAUCUGCACGAUGUUUGCAAGAGACAGGGGAAGACCUUGCAGGAGAAUCAGCUUUGCGUGGAGGAGGCGAUGAUGAGCGACAACCACAAUAAGAAACAAGCAUUAGCAUUCCAGGAGUCGCGGAUGGAGUUUGAGCCCAGUAAACAGUGCCAUCUGAGACAACUCCAACAACUCAAGAAAAAAUUGCUAGCCCUUCAGCAAGAACUGGAGUUCCGCACAGAGGAGCUGCAGACUUCUUACUGUUCCCUCCUGCAGUAUCAGUCUGUCCUAGAGAAGCAGACUUCCGACCUGGUUCUUCUCCACCAUCACUGCAAACUGAAAGAAGAUGAGGUGAUUCUCUAUGAGGAGGAAAUGGGGAAUCAUACUGAGAACACGGGCGAGAAGCUUCAUUUGGCCCAGGAACAACUUGCUUUGGCCGGGGACAAGAUCAUCUCCCUAGAAAGGAGUUUAAGCCUCUACAGGGAUAAAUACCAGACUUCCCUGAGCAACAUCGAGUUACUGGAGUGCCAAGUGAAGAUGUUGGAGGGGGAGCUCAGCGGAAUCGUCGGUCAGGAGACUGAGAAUAAGGGUGAUCAUUCAAAAGUGCGUAUAUACACAUCUUCCUGCAUGAUUCAAGAGCAUCAGGAGACCCUGAAACGACUGUCUGAAGUCUGGCAAAAGGUCUCUGAACAGGAUGAUCUAAUCCAGGAACUUCGAAAUAAAUUAGCCUGCAGCAAUGCUUUGGUUCUAGAGCGUGAAGAGGCUUUGAUAAAAUUACAAGCAGACUUUGCUUCCUAUACAGCCACACACAGACAUCCUCCUAGCUCCUCAGAAGAUUGUGAAGACAUUAAAAAGAUACUUAAGCACUUGCAGGAGCAGAAAGACAGCCAGUGCCUACACGUGGAGGAGUAUCAGAACCUAGUGAAGGACUUGCGCAUGGAGCUAGAGGCUGUGUCAGAGCAGAAGAAGAACAUCAUGAAGGACAUGAUGAAGCUGGAGCUGGACUUGCACGGGCUGCGGGAAGAGACAUCUGCCCAUAUGGAGAGGAAGGAUAAGGAGGUUUCCAUCCUACAAAGGCGGCUACAGGAGCUACAGAUGCAGUUCACAGAGACCCAGAAGCUGGGCUUGAAGAAAGACAAGCUCCUCCAAGAGAAAGAUGAAAUGUUGCAUGAGCUCGAGAAAGAACUGUCACAGGUUCAGAACAGCCUCAUGAAAAAGGAGAUGGAGUUGGAGAAGCAGCAACGAAUGGCAACAGAACUUGAAAGCACCAUCCAGGAGGCAAAGCAGGAUAAGUCCAGGGCAGAGUGUGGGGCCCUGCGAGCUGAGAUCCAGAAGCUGAAGGACAAUCUCGAAGAUGCCCAACAGCAACAGAAGCUGGCAGCUCAGCAAGCCUCCCAGUACAAAGAAGAGACCCUUCUGGCAAAGAAUAACCUGGAGGAUGCGCAGAGGAAACUGCAAAGCUACCUUUUCCUGGAGAAGCAGAAGACAGAGACCAUCCAGGAGCUGCAGAGAGAACUUCAGAAGCUGCAGAAGGAUUCCUUGAUGGCUGGAGAGGAACUCGCCCCCAACAGGAAGCGGAUAGAGGAGCUGACAUUGGAACUCUCUGAGACCCGGAAGAAGCUUGAAAAUUCAGAAAAGGAAAAGAGGCAGUUCCAGAAGACCACGACUGAGCAGGAAAUGAAGCUGAAUGAACUGCUAGACCACCUAAAACUCCUUCAACACCAGCACAGGGAGCAAGGCUCUGCCAAAACCAGUCUAACCGAGGAGCUUCAGGAGGUGACAAGAUUACUGGAGGAGAAACGGGAGCAGUUGAAAAAGAGCAAAGAACAGGAGAAGUUGCUGGAGCAAGAGCUUGAGACAUUCCGACAGGAGGAAAAAAGGAAAGAAAAAAUGACAAAGGAAAAUUUGCGGAUGUUGGAGGAGGAAAAUGAGAAUGUCAAAGCACAGUUAAUGCAAUGUUCCGCACAACUGGAAUCCUCUCUGAGCAAACAAAACGCCUCCCAGCAAGUCAUCCAAGAGCUAAACAAUGAGCUAGUCCUUCAGAAGGAUGCCUUAGAGAGUCUGCAGGUCCAGCUGGAGAAGGCUGUGCACAAGGAGAAGCAAUAUCUGCAGACCAUGGUCUCUAAAGAAGCCUAUGAGGAACUGUCCCGAAAGUCAGUCGCAUGCCAAGAUGACCUGACACAAACUCUCGAGAAGCUCAAUCAUACGACCUCAGAGACCAAGAGCCUGCACCGAAGCUUGGCACAGGCCCAAGAGAGGAAAGCUCAGCUGGAAGAUGAAAUCCUUGCUUACGAGGAGAGGAUGAAAAAGCUCAACAUGGAACUAAAAAAACUGCAGGGCUUCCAACAGCAGAGUGAGCUAGAGGUUCAAGCCUUCGACAAGAAGCUGGAGGAGAUGAGCAACCAAGUGUUGCAGUGGCAGAAGCAGCACCAGAGUGACCUCAAGAUGCUGGCAGCUAAAGAAGAGCAGCUCCGGGCUUUCCAGGAGGAAAUGGCCACCCUGAAAGAGAACCUCCUGGCAGAUGAGAAGGAGCCCUCUAGUGUGCCCCAGCGGUCUGUGACUAAAGACACCUGUAGGCUACGCCGAGAGAAUGAUCAGAUUAUGUCCAACAUGGAGCAAUGGGCAAAAGAGCAGAAGAUCGCCAAUGAGAAACUAGGAAACAAGCUCCGUGAGCAAGUCAAAUAUAUUGCCAAGCUGACUGGUGAAAAGGACCACCUCCACAAUGUAAUGGUCCAUCUGCAGCAAGAAAACAAGAAACUGAAGACUGAAAUAGAGGAGAAGAAGCUGAAAACCGGGCACCCAAGGCUAUACACCAAAGCCCUGGGCCCGAGCAAGACGGAGCCCAUACAGAAGGGAAAAGUGUGUGCCACCUUGGGCUGGAGGGGGACGACCCAGGACAUGACCCAAAGAAUGGACAUCACCAAGUUUGUUGGGAUACCCCACUGCUCCGGUGCUGGCAAGCGAGAAUUCUACCAAUGAACCACCCAUGCAUCUGUCCCCGGGCCCUGGGAGGUCAUCUCUAAACCCGUGGGAUUGAAUGUCUCUGUUACUCCCGGUGGGCCCUCAGACCACAUCUAAUAAUUUCUCCUAACGAGAUGAUUCAGGAUGAUUCAGGGCUGUAAUGUGACCUUAUGGUAUCAGCCCAGCCUCCGUGGAAAGGAGGCGGCUGGGGAGUGAGUCAACCACAUGGAUGUUUACUCAACCAUUCACGCCCAUGAAUGAAACCCCAAUAAAACGCUGGACACUGAAGCUCUGGACAUGGCAGCUUCCCUGGCCAGCAGUGCUUCUGUGCAUACUAUCACACCGCAGCAUGCCAGAAGGGUUGUGGGGCCCUGAGGACAGUGGAAGCUUCGCCUGCGGGACCGUCACAGACCUGAUUCUCUGCGCCCCUCCAUUGGGCUGGUUCUGAUUUGUAUCCUUUGGCUAUAAUAAAACUGUAAUCAUAAACACAGUA